UUGGUAACUGAGUUCAUGGACCUUUACGUUGGCUCAAACAAGGUCAGCCCCACAACGAGGAUUGAAGCAUCGUCAGAUCAUGCCAUGUUCAGUCUGCCAUCACUGGAUUCUGGCGUGCCAUCAGAUGCGCUAGUUGAGAGUGAAUUUGAAAUGUUCCGUAUGAACCCAUUCGGAUGGACUGCAAACAGAGUUCAUGGAGGUUUGCCGGUUGUAAGGGUAAACCUCGCAAGACCAGACAAGAAAAGCUCAUUUAAACAAACAACAGAGAAAGAGACAUUUCGUUUUAGCAAGCCUGCAGACGUGUUCCUUAACUAUAACG